AUGCAACAUUCUGAACCUGAUAAUUUAGCCCAAGACGAAGACGAUUCACCACAAUCGGUUCCGCAACCGGAACGUGAUGCUUUCUUUGAUUCUGACGAUAGAAUUAUUGAAGACUUAUUGUAUGAUCAAAUUCGCUAUCAUACGCCUCCAGCAUAUUGCUACGGCGAAACUAUUGCAAGUGGCAUAUAUUGUCGAAGAACCUUGUUGAACUGGAUAAGGGAAGUUUGUGAUCACCGUAAUGCACCAACUGAAGUUCUCGCUCAUACAAUCCAGCUAAUUGAUCGUUUCUUGUCUCAAGCGAAAACAGAUAAGCGUGAAUAUCAAUUAGUCGGGGCAGCAUGUCUCUUGAUCUCUACUAAACUCAAGGAAACGGUUCCCGUUUCUGUCGAGGAUUUGGUGCGCUAUAGUGACUUUUCUAUCACUAAAGACGAAAUAUGCAUGAAAGAACUGCUCAUUUCCAUUUGUCUGAAAUAUGAUCUUAGUAUGCUAACUGUGACUGAUUUCAUAAAGCCGUUGGUGGAUCGCUGUCCCGUGGAUGCAGACCUUAAUAGAAUCAUUCGACAUUGUUCCGAUACUUUGUAUCAUAAAGUCGCCCAUGUGGAGGGUCUUAAUUGGUACCUGCCGAGUUAUGUCGCCUCUUCAUGUAUUCUCUAUGCCACUCAACUUCUUGAUCUGCCCCAAGUUUGUAAGCAACUCAUUCAACAAAUGAGGGCCAAAUUUGUCACACUUCUCAAAAUGGAUCCCAAUAAGUUAGAGGACACUUUAAAGUAUUUCCAAUCACUAUAUGAUCCCGGAACUGCGGACGUGUCUAACGACGUUCGACGGGUUGAUCGUGGCGAUGGACUUGUCGAUGAACUUUUGGCUAAAUCGGGUAAAGCUUCGGCUGCAUCAAAUAAUGUUCCAGAUACACCCCCGGAAACUUCAUCCUCUUAUCAUUCGAAUACUUCAACUUCAUCUGGUCAAGGAAUUGACAUUGAUUCAAAUUUGCUCGAAACAAAUACGGAAGGAACAGGGGGGGAUACAUCUCCUACUGAUCCAUCCUCCGAUUAUGAGGAAGAUGGCGAAGCCCUUUUCUGA